GGACAAUUCGGUUCAUGUCUGGCAACGGGAAACACUUUUGAUAGAAUUACAAUGAUGAGCUCUUACAACCUGAAUACCUGUGUAUGAAGAAAUGGCGACGGAAGGGGAACGAAGAUUGAACACAAACAAAGGAGCCAACUCAACUGGAUCCCAACCUUUGAUGACAAGUAUAUUCGCCUAUCCCCGGAUCAUCAUCAUACCUUGCAUUCACAAUACGGAAACAUGUAGGCAUGCACAGAAUAAUCAAACACAGUCCGUCUCUCGUUCGUUAUUGAAUUGCUACCACAUGCCAAGAUUGAAAAGAAAUCAGCGACAGCAAGCCCUUGGACGAUUGCUAGCUGGACAAACCGCCUGGCAAGUAGCCAUUGCAUUUCAAGUCUACGUAAGGACCAUAUACAGGCUCAAGCAACGGUACCAGACAACCGACACACAAAUGACCGGAGACCAAGGGUCACCACCCGACGUCAGGAUCGUUAGAUUGCGCGACAGCAUCUUGUUACUGCUGUGGUAACUGCUCGACAGACCAUGGGGACACAACAUCGACACAUUAGUGCGGACACCGUGCGUCGACGAUUGACGAGCAGACACCUCCACUGUCACAGGCCACACCGAGGACCCAUUCUAUCACUACGUCAUCGCCGGGACCGUCUUCAGUUGAUAACACAGCACCAGCAUUGGUGACACAGCAGUGGAAAAGAGUCUUUCUCAGACGAGAGCCGUUACUGUAUCUCAACAGCGGAGAGAGAGAUAGAGAGAGAGAGAGUCUGGCGACGCCGUGGGGAACGUUAUGCGGAUGCUUUUGUUGUUGAGAGGCUCGUGGGGUGGUCCGAGCAUCAUAGUGUGGGAUGGAAUUGGGUUUGCACAGAGGGUCGGUCCUGUGGUCUUCCGGAACAUCGGUCCUGGGAGGGGCAAUGGUGUCACAGCAAAAUGUCCACGGGGAAAGUGUCGCUACUAUUUUGCCGUACUUCUGUCGGUUGGAAUGGUUUUAGGGAGUUGUCUGCGAGCGAAUCUCGGCUUAACUAUUGUGUGUAUGGUUCGCCAUCCCCACAGCAACUUUAGCUACUCUCAAGAUCUAGGAGCAAGGCCAACAAACAGAACGGUAUCUAACUUGAUCACACGUCAUUCAAACAAUAUACACCUACGCGAUGAUCACUCAAACUACAGCUACGAAUCUGGCAAUUCUAGUCAGAUUGGCAGUUGGAUUACCAAUGAUGGUGCUGAGAUUGGGGAGUUUGAUUGGAGCAAAGACAUGCAAGGUAUCAUUCUCGGUGCAAUGUUCUGGGGAUACCUGUGCCUCCAGAUUCCCUGUGGGCUGCUUGCCGAACGAUUUGGUCCCAGAAAAGUCAUGGGCAUAGGAUUUAUUCUGUGUUCUGCAUCAACAUUGUUUUCACCCGUUGCUGCCCGAAACAACGUCUACAUCCUGGUUGUUAUAAGGAUUCUAACUGGCGCAUUUGUGUCUGUAUUGUUCACAUCGCUUCCUGCAUUCUGGAUACACUGGGCACCCAAAUCAGAAAUCUCAACGUUACAAGGUAUAGCAUUUGCAGGUGGUGAAGUUGGAAUUGCUUUGGUCUUCCCGCUGUCUGGAAUCCUGUGCAGAUCUGGUAUUGACGGCGGAUGGCCUUCAGUGUUUUAUGUAACAGGGGGCCUCGGGGUAGCAUGGUCUUUAUCAUGGAUGUUUCUUUCGCGUGAUAAACCACGUGACCAUCCAUGGAUUUCAAAGGCUGAAAAAACGUUCAUAGAACAGACUACCAAAUCACGGCUCCAUGCGAAGAAGAAGAUGCCAUGGAGUGAUAUGUUGAGGUCGUGGGCGGCGUGGACGUUAAUCUGCACCCACACAUUGUACGCCUACGCCUACUACAUGCUACAGCUUCAGCUUCCAAGUUACUUCAAUGAAGUCAUGCAUUUUGACAUACAAUCGAAUGGUUUGCUUGUCAUGCUGCCGUACAUCUGCACUGGUCUGUCGAUGUUCCUGGCUGGCUGGCUGACUGAUGCAGUUAUUCGGAAGCACUUUCUGUCUCGCGACAACGCAAGGAAGCUUAUGAACACUCUAGGGUGCGGAUUGCAUGCCAUCUUGAUGAUCAUCCUGGCACAGCUGGACAGUAGAAGUCAAAUACCUGCAGUAGUCUUGCUGUGUUUAGCAGGGGCAUUAAAUGGACUUGCCUUGACUGGAGGGUUUAAUGCAACGUUUCUAGAAAUCGCCCGUGUCCAUUCUGCUACUCUCUUCGCCGUGUCCAACACCAUUGCAAGUAUAUCAGGGAUAGUGGCGCCCUAUGUAGUGUCACGACUCACGCCCACAGGUUCUCAGAGUGAGUGGCAGUCUGCGUUCUACGUAGCAGCGGCUUUGCUGCUCAUGUCAACCAUUGUCUUCCUGUUUUCUACGACCACCCCACAACCCUGGGCUCUACCUCCUGUUGACGAUACAACCACAGUGGACAGUCUUACCGAAGAUCGCACUGAAGAUAAAUUAUAACCCUGGACAAAAUACAUAUGUAUAUUUGAAGUUAUAUUACGCCAAAUAUAUGACAUAUGACAGUAUAUCACAAGGAAUAUUUGAAUGCUGAGAGGAUAUGUGUCUGAUAAAACCGUGUAUGAUCUUGUUGUUGUUUGGAGACCACGUUUUCCGUGUUUAAAGUGUCCGGCCAAAAAUACACCAUGUCACAUACUUUUA